UGAUUUUGGUCAAUUUCUUACGACUUAAAAAUUAAAUACCUAUUGUGAAUCGAGACUUAUGUUCAUCACAUGAUCAAAAAGUUGCGAAGUUAUUGGCUAAUAUCGCGAUUAGAGAUUACAUAUCUACGAUAUGCAAUCUUAACCUUCAACGCGUAGUCUGAUUCAGGCUUGGACUCGUGCUUUGCUUUGUGUACGCGCGCGCACGCGCAUGGAUUGAUUCUCCACAUGUUUUUUUUACAUACGCAAACAUCAGGGUUUAGCUGACGAGCAAAGGAAUUUCUGGCGCGGUGAACGCAACGCGCGCACGUGAGAACGUCCACGGGUAACGCGGCAAGAUGAGCAAGAAGCGGAAUAGGCAGCCAGAUGCGAAUCCUGAUGUCAGCGAGGCUUCCACUGAGUCUUGCGAGGAGGCGAGCAUAGAUUUGAAAUGUUCGCAUAUAACGAAAGCUAUCAAUUUAAACAAAGUGAAAAAGAAUCUAAAGAAAACUGGCAUAUUGAGCGAGUGUCCCAUGUGCAAAAAGCUAGAGGCGGAUCAGAAGAAAGCAGAAGAGAUUUGUGAUAUUUCAAAGCCAUUAUGGAUCUGCCUACAAUGUGGGGAACAGAAUUGUAGCAAGGAACAAAAGCAGCAUGCUCUAGAACAUUAUAGAAAGCCUCAUAGCGACUGCCAUUGCAUGGUAACAGACUCACAUUAUUGGAGCAUUUGGUGUUAUCAGUGUGAAAUUGAAGUUAAUCCCAAUAGUAGGAAGAAGCUACUGGAAACUGUAGAGUUUAUCAAAAAAUGUGUCAAUGUACCACAAAUAUCUCAACCAAAAAUACCAGCAAUCCAGUGCCAAAAAGAAAUGAUAGUCGAUGUACAAGAAAAAGAGAAGCACAAAAUGUUAAAUAAUCUUCCUAAAGUUGGGGUAAGUGAGACAUAUGAUUCGUUGCUUUUUGAGAGUGAUGCUGAUGUAGAGGAUAACAUUGAAGUGGAAAAUUCGCAUCCGGAGAUCGGAGAAUCUGGUUACAGCUCGGAGAAGGCAUCUGCUGUGACUAGUCCAGUAUCUCCUGCUGAUCACCAACAUCAUCAUCCGAAUAAUGAUUUGAAUAACGCAAUCAACUCGGAGGAUGGUAGUCUGGACAAUAACUUGGAUUCAACACAAGUUAGACACUCCGUGAACAUUAACGCGUUAACUAUUCCUAGUCCCACCGAUGUAUCGAUGACGGACUUGAUCCAAAUCAGGAUACCAUCCGAGAAAACUGACAGGAAUAUUGCUAUAGUUAGUUCUGAAAAUGAAGCGUCGGCCACAACGUUAUCGAACUCCAUGAUCGUCAAUUCCGACGUCACGAGUCCUGAGGUACCCACUGCGAGUCUGAGUAGUUCCGCCGCUUCUAAGGAGAGUCCCACUAGCCCCGUUAAUGACGAGGAAGUCGCAAAGAGAUUGGACGGUGUUGAGACAUGGAUGGCAACUGCUACAUCGAAGUGUGAUAAAAGGAAUUAUAAUAACGGAAUUUCUAAUGAGGAUGAUCCCGAAGAGCAAGACAUAUAUAAUGAAAUCGGCGAUAUAAUGACAGGAAUAUCCAAGUUGGGAAUCAUUGGACAUCAAUCGCCUGGUAGGUACGUGACCAAGGAGGGCGAAUGUUCCGUGGAAUCGUGUUUGAAUCAGUUCACUGCGCUGGAAUUAAUGACGGGAAGCAACAAGGUCGUAUGCGAAGCGUGCACAGCUCGUGAAAAAAAGACUCAGGAGGGCUCAUCAAAAAUGGUAUGCACUUCGAGUACCAAGCAAUACCUCAUUUCUCAAGUACCUCCGAUAUUGAUAUUACAUCUGAAGAGGUUUCAAACACAAAGAGUCGGCUUCCGGAAAGUUUUCAAACACGUAUCGUUCCCAAUGUUACUAGAUUUGGCGCCGGUUUGUACAAAUCACAAAAAAUCUCGACUUUAUUCGCUUUAUGGGGUCGUUGAACACAGUGGAACUGUUCAUGGUGGUCACUAUGUUGCUUAUGUCAAGACGAGAUUGCCAUUAUCGCCAGAUGAUUCUCGAUGGAAAUUUCUUCCCAAAGAUAAAGAUCCUAAGGUAGAUAAUGAAUCAAAUAGUUCAGAUUCGGAAGGAGAAGAAGCAUCAGCGAAAGCUGCAUCCGUUAUAGAACCACCAUCUGGAAGAUGGUACUACGUAUCAGAUUCUCGGGUAUCAGAAGUAGAUGAAAAUACAGUACUACAAAGUCAAGCGUAUCUCUUAUUCUACGAGAGAAUUCUCUGAUUCAAUAGAACAAAGCAGAAUGGAAAUGAAAGUCGAUAUGGUUACGUUCUCGUUUCCAUCCUCAAGAGAAGAAAAAUGGACUUUUAAUGAAUUUCUUAAUUAUACAAAUUUUUACUAUCGUGUUAUCGAAUGUGUGAUAUAUGUAAUUGAUUACGUGUAUAUUGUGCAAAAAAUCUACAAUCUGUUAGGAAUAUCGAAAAUUAUUUCUCAUUAUUAGCAACAGAUUAGCAACAGAUCAGCAAGAAUUAUUAACAAGAAGCAUUUAUUUAUGAUUUUUUUGUAAAAGUUUAAUUGAAUUGGAAUUAUCAGAAUCGAAUUAAUUGUCGAAAA